AUGGCAAAAAUUAAUGUUGGAAUCAAAUUUCGUCCAAACUUAUCAAGUGAUGUUGAGAAGCAGGAGAAGUGGAUUGUUGAUGGUAAAACGAUCAAAUCUGUUGAUAACAAGCAUACAUUGCAAUUUGAACACGUCUUUGGAUCCACGUCUGUUACUGAAGAAGUUUACGACGCGCUAGCAAAACCAAUCGUCAAGAAAGCGUUCAAAGGAUUUAAUGGAACCAUUUUCGCUUAUGGGCAAACUUCAAGCGGAAAAACUCACACCAUGAUUGGAAAGAAUAAAAUGCCUGGAAUCAUCCCAUUGGCAGUUCGUGACAUCUUUCAUGAAAUCAACAAAACUGAGGAUCGAGAAUUCGUCGUGAAAAUCGGCUACAUUGAGAUUUAUAACGACAAAGUUUAUGAUCUCUUUGAAGACGGUAAAACGGAACUUUCCAUCUUCGAAUCCAAUGGACACGUCUUGGUGAAUCAAAAAGAGUACGUGGCUGUAUCAGAAAAGGAAGUCAUGAAACAAUUUGGUGUUGGAAACAAAUGCAAAAAAAUGACUGGGACGAAAACCAACAAAGACUCGAGUCGAUCGCAUGCAAUUUUCCGUAUAACGAUCAAAUCGCAGAAAAAGGAUGACGCUGAGGAUUCACGCACUUCGAGUUUAUUCUUAGUGGAUUUGGCUGGGAGUGAAAAACCAGAUGCGUCAGCAACAACGACAUUCAACGAAGGCCUGCACAUCAACCAAAGUCUUCUUGUUCUUGGAAAAAUCAUCAGAGAACUAGCGAAGAAAAAUUCGAGUUUAAAGCGCGUCAACUUUCGUGAAUGCAAACUGACAAGAAUUCUCUCACCAGCAUUGGGUGGGAAUUCUUAUGCUUCGGUGAUUUGCACUGCUGCUCCAACGGUGCUUGAUGAAACAUAUCACACACUUUGCUUUGCUCAAAAUGCAGAAAAGGUGAAAACAGUUCCUGUUAUAAACACUACGAAGAAGGCAGAAGAAUUUCCCCCUCAUUUGCUUCAAAAUAGUUCCUCAACUCUGCCCGUUACACUAUCUAGUAGAUUUAAAUUUGUUUGUGAAAAUUCGAAACAAAUUUCACCUUUCAGCACAUCUACAAUAUUUAAGAAUUUUAGGAGUGUAAAACCUGAGUUAAUUAAAAAGGCAGCAACAAGGGCAGUAGCUGUGAAUAGUUCAUUGAUAUAUAGAGCGAGUGCAAAAGUUUCAGAUAAUCGUGAACAACCGUCGUGGUAUUGCGAAGGGUCAAAAGAUCAUGUGGAACAAUUUGAAUUGUCUGAAAGUACGAGCGAAGAAGAACAAGCAGAUUACGAAGGAAUCAUUAAAGAAAAGGACAACAUCAUCAAGAAACUUAAAGAUGAAGUGCGUGAACUUCGGACUGAGAACAUGGAGAUGAGAACAAAAGUCGAAGGGAAUAACGAGAUUUUGAGUGAAAAAGAGCAAGAAAUUGUAGAGUUAAAAGAGAAAAUUGCUCGCUUCGAUGAAGAAAUCAUAAUUAAUUCUUCCGCCAUUCGUGACUCCGAAGUUAAAAUUGGGAACUUUGAGAAUCAACUGUUGAAAAUGACUGAGGAAAAGAACACAAUGAAAGCAGAAAAAGGAGAAUGA